AUGGCUUCGUGGAAUUCGAUUCCGCUGGAAAUCACAUACGAAGUUCUGGGAUGGGCGGCGUUCAUAAGUUGGUCCAUCAGCUUCUACCCACAAGUCAUCUUGAAUUUCCGGAGGAAAAGUGUUGUGGGGUUGAACUUCGAUUUCGUGGUGCUGAAUUUAACAAAGCACUCCUCCUAUCUCAUCUACAAUGCCACUCUCUACUUCAGCUCCGCCGUUCAAAAGCAGUACUUCGAGAAGUACGGCUUAGGACAGAUGAUACCUGUUGCAGCAAACGAUGUUGCUUUCUCAAUUCAUGCUGUUUUACUGACAGCAAUUACCCUGUACCAAAUUGCAAUCUAUGAACGUGGAAAUCAGAAGGUCUCCAAGAUUUCCAUUGGAAUUGUUGCUGCCGUGUGGUUAGGUGCUGCAGUUUGUGUUUUCUUAGCUUUGCCAAGUCAUUCUUGGCUUUGGUUGAUUUCCAUUUUCAACUCGAUUCAAGUUUUUAUGACAGUCAUCAAAUAUAUUCCCCAGGCGGUCAUGAACUUCCUGCGAAAGAGCACAGAUGGAUUCAGUAUUGGUAACAUUUUACUUGAUUUUUCUGGAGGGGUGGCAAAUUAUGCACAAAUGGCUGUGCAAUCUAUAGAUCAAGGUUCUUGGGUGAACUUUUAUGGAAAUAUAGGGAAGACACUGCUGUCUUUGAUAUCUAUAUUCUUUGACCUUCUAUUCAUGGGUCAACAUUACGUGCUGUAUCGUGGCAAGAGAGCAGUGAUCACCCCUAAAAUCAUCAGCAAGGAGAGCUCGGAGCCACUAGUCAAGUCAUCUGAUGACCCAGUUUCGGAAAAUGUAUAA